AUGGCUGCUUUGCCUUCCACAUAUACCGAAGGCACUCUGCCUCACCUCCCACCUGAGACUCACGAUCACAUCCUGGAUUACCUCCAGUUUGAUUGUGCCGCGCUCAAAUCCUGCAGCCUGACCUGCCGCGCAUGGCUAUCCACCGCGCGACAUCACCUUUUUCGUACCAUCUCCGUAUCAAUCACCGACAUUCAGCCACUUUUGCACGUCAUAGAGACCUCCACUGUGUUAGUUCACCAUAUACGUGCUCUGGCGGUGCGUGUGAACGACGUGAACAUAUCGCUGUUGUACAGCGGGCUGCUGCGGCUACUAGCGUGCUUGGAUGCGGUGGAGUGUGUGACACUUCAGCAGCCGAUCGACACUGGGAAAGUCUCGGAGAGAGAUGUAAUGAUCGUUCGACCUUGGGAGGCGGGACCGUGCGUCGGCGUCACACGUCUCGUCAUCGAGCCCAACUGCACUUUCGAGCGCAGCGAUCUCUUUCCGUUCCUCGCGUUCUUCCCCCGUCUCUCCACGCUGCACGUAUCCGAUCUCUCCCUACGCUCACAGCGUCUUGUGCAAGUUCAGACGCAUCUUCCUGCCGGUAGUACACCGUUCCUCGCAGCUGCCAGGAAGCCGCAAAUCUCCACGCUGACAUGGACUCACGAUCGACAUGACAUGAAUUUGGUCUGGAUGGCAUUUGUUACAAACGAUGAACUGCCCACGUGGCCAACCGACGGAGGGCCGCUGGAUUUCUCCUCCCUCUCCACGCUCGAAGUGCGAAUGCGCGGGUUUCGUGUCUGGCCGACGUUGCGCACCCUCUUGCAUACGAGCGGAGCCGCGCUACGGCGUUUAGUGCUUUCUCUCGCGAACGACCUCGCUGGUUACGACCGUCAUCCGCAGAGCAUAGACCUGUCACACAACGUGGAUCUGGAGGAGCUGCAUAUCAAGGACAUCUUGCUGAACUCCCAAUUUCCCCUGCGCUUGGUUUGUGCCAUCUUGGGCCAGAUCGCGUCGCCGCUUGCAGGAGUUGACGCCGACGACGGUGAUGGUGACGGAGAAGAGUACUACCAUGUUCAACUGCGUAGCAUUGUUCUCGAACUUUGCGGCCCUGACAAGCACACAGUCCCGAACAUCCCGGAUAACCUCAAUUGGGAUCAGCUCGACCCGCAGCUCGCGCGGAUAUUGCGCCUCAACGAGAAGGUGGUGGUUACAUUCCGGGUCCCCGCCAUGCUCGCUAGUCUGCACGCUGCGGUGUUUACGCGAAACUUGCCCGAGGUGAUGCGCAUGGUGCGUUCGGUGGAGGGGGCGAGGCGGGUGAAAGUGGUACCUGUCUGGAUGCAUCGAUCCUCCCCACUUCCUUGGGAGAUUGAGACGAGCGAGGGGCAGGAGGAGUGGCUCGUGUGA